GUUGUUGCAGUGGUGUGGUGUGUGUAUUUACAUUCAUUGUAGUGAUGUCAUUAACGUGUUUUAGGGUGUAGCAGUUCUGUAUUCGCUGGUGUAGACACAGUAAAAGUAGAAAAUAUUUUACCAGUAUUCUCAAAUUUAAAAUUUAUGCUCAAAACAAAGAUAUACAGAAACAGGGUCAGGAUUAUAUAUUUCAUUGCAUUUAUCUCUUUGUUAUACAAUGAGUAUCUCAGUUACACAAUGCACAGAUAUGUUCUCUGGCCAAAUCUUACCUGUGAGAAAUCUCAUGAGUGUGUCAGCAUUCUCUUUGUUGCUGAUCCACAAAUUAUCGGUGAACAAUUUGAGAUGCCAUUUCCUGUUGGGACCUUAGCUAGGUGGGACUGUGACAGAUAUUUACGUAACACAUUCACAAGGGCAGUUUCUCAAAUGCAACCCCAUGCAGUCAUUUUUUUGGGUGAUUUGAUGGAUGAGGGAAGUGUGGCUACAAGAGAAGAGUAUCAGCGAUACAUUGAGAGAUUUUUCAACAUUUUCCACACACCUCAAGAGAUUCAGGCAAUUUACAAUCCAGGUGACAAUGACAUUGGUGGUGAAGAUGACAGUAUAACAGAACAAAAGCUGCAAAGAUAUAAACUGACUUUUAGUCAGCCUGAUCAAAUUGACAUUAAAAACAUUACUGUAUAUAAGGUGAACAGGCUGCUGUAUACAUUUCCACAGCCCGAAUUGCAUACCAAGAGCCUGUCUAGCAAAAUGUCUAUUAUUGCUUCACACAUGCCGCUCUUGUUUACACCAAAUGACUUUGUGAGAAAGGUUGUUAAAAAGCUAAAGCCAGAAAUAAUUUUCUCGGCUCAUGAUCACAAAUCAUUGCAUACAACUAUGCAUAUAUUGAGGCCAGGUGAUGACACUGUUAUACAAGCUCUGCUUCCAAGUAGUGGUCCGGUUUGGAAAUUUUUUCUCCAGACGGAAAUAGUACAAGAAAUAAUGGUGCCUACAUGUUCAUACAGAAUGGGAGUGCAGGAUGUAGGCUAUGGUGCUGCCUUGUUUGAUCUCACAGAUAAUACUGUUCUUUACACCGUGCUUUGGCUACCAUAUCGUUUUUAUCACAUCAUAUCUUACGUACUGCUGCUAUUAUUAAUAAUUUUCAAUCUCUCAUUAUCUCUGGUUGCUAAGACAUAUAGAAGAAUAUCAAAUGGAUUUAAGUCUUGCCGAUUUUCACAUGUUUAGAGAAGAUUAUAAAUUUAUUUUCUUUACAUGCACCAUGAUAUAGCAUGAGUUCUUUUAAACUGCACCAGUUUUGUAAGAACCGGGUAGCAAUAUUAUCGUAACAUCAUUUUUAUGUUGAAAAUGCCCAUAUGAUUACUAUUUGUAAAUGCAUUCUGGUCAUUUGAAGGUAUCAUGUUUUUGUGACAUCCUUCAGUUUCAGUAUUUUUCUCUUUUUUAACAAUGUAUUAUUACUGUACAGAUUUUAUAAAGCAUUCUGCCUGCAUGAGCUAUCUACUCCAGUAUUAAUACUACUACUCCAUGCCCCAUUUGCAAGAUUACAUUGGAUACACUGUAUAAUUUCUAAGUCUAUGUUUAAAAUUUCUGUGUUUUUAUGUAUUUGUGUCAUGUAAGAAUACAGGGUUCAAUAAGAUUUUUAAUGAGCACAAUUCAGAACACCUACAGUUAGAGUAUUUCUUUUUCUUUCACUCUUUUUCUAUUUUUCUCCAGUCGUGCAAGAACCAAACAAAUCAGUGCAUUAAACAGUAGAUUAACUAAAUGAGAAAAAAAACAUAAAAUAAAAAAAUAAAGGAAAUACUGUCAGAUUAUAUCAUUUGUUCAUUUGAGGGAACUAUAUUUCCUUAGAGUUAUAUACUGCAAUUCACCAACUGCUAUUAAUAAAGUAAUGACUAAGUACAAAGUGAAAAUUCUAGGUUAUGUACAAAGUUAAUCCUAUAAUUUUUUUUUCUGAUCAGUUCCUAAUUUUCACGACUUGGCUGUUUCCAUGUCGUAAUGUGGUGAAUUUAUAUUGUAUAGUAUCAAUGAAAUGACAUAUCCAGUAUUAAUGUAAGAAAGUUUUAUAAAUAUUACAAAUAAUCUAUUGAAAAUGUAUGUACACUAAUUUUGAUUUUAGGUUGACAUAUGUCACUGCAGGCGAAAGAUUGCCCACAUUGUACUUAUACUUUACUCAUCAACAGUUGAGUAUUCUAAAUGUGAAAUAACAUUUGGUUCAUUAUUAAUUUGGCUUAUCAAUUUUUCUCUACUUGCCUUGUUUCACAACAGCAAAGCUAUCCAGUUUUAAAGUAUGUGGAAAUCCUGCCAAGGCUGCUUAAGGCCUUUCAGAUAUUUGAUUUGACAAAUGUAUUUUGAAAGCAUGACUUGACUGUAGUGCAGCAGCAACUAAUAGUUGUAGUUUGGUUAUUAUUGUAUUCCAGAACAUUUUUUUGAGUAGGGCUUGUAAAAAUUCUUGCCCUCACUGCAUUUUAUUUUCAGAGCUUUCCCUGAUAAAUUCCAACUGUAGAUAUUGACCGGACACCAAUUUGAUCCUUAUGGUUCUCAAUGCCUUGUUUCUGUACUACAGUGUUAUAGCAAUUCAUGAAAUAUAUUCAGACAAAUAAAGAGCAUCCACUUGUCCUCAAGAGAGCUGAUAAUGUCUGAGAAAUUGCUAAUGACCAAAGUAAAUAUUUACAUGUAGUUAAUACUUCAGUUUCUGUACCCUUUGUAGCCUGUAUGUGACAGAAUUCCAGAUAUUUUUACCAUCCUGUAAGUAUUAUUUGCAAAGAGAAAACACAUUUUUGAAAUAAAAAAAA